UUACUAAUAAUUGUUUCUUGGAUAAAGGACAGAACAAAGGGAUUGAAACUAUUUAUGAGAUUGGAUUUUUGUCAAAACAACAGCUGGAAAAAUCGAUGUGGGUGUGAGGGCCUGGGGAUAGCGUCAGGUGCAUGAGUCCAGAGGUGAGGUUAGGUAAAAACACGUGAGUUCACACAUUUUUUACAUACGACACGACGGCGCGAGCGCGAGAUCGGCGCAGGUGCGCUGCAUGCUGGGCCCGUCGGGUCCAGCAAACUAGUGCUCGCCGUACAUUUCACUUGGGCGGUACCGAGUCCAAGGUCCAAGUUAGGCUAGUUGAAGCCGAGCUGGCUCUGAAUUUCUUCCAAUUUCAUUUCCCUAGAAGUUGAAGCGGAAGUUCGACGUGUUAAGAACAGGGUCAAAUGUAGGUUUUGAAGAUGGAGGCCAGCUUUUCACUCAAUCCGAUCUCCAAGUCAUCAGCAGACUGGGAUGUGCUCGUGAUAGGAGCUGGGGUAGCUGGAUUGACCACUGCCUACAGACUUCUGCAAGAGAAAGCAGACUGCAGAGUGCUUGUUCUUGAAGCCAAAGACAGAGUUGGAGGUCGGACGUUGUCGACCGAAUUGCAAGGGGCUCAUGGGAAAGAUGUAUGGGACUUGGGAGGUCAGUGGGUUGGGAACACUCAGCAUCACCUCCUCUGGCUCAUGGAAGAACUUGGACUGGAAAAAUACCCACAAUACACCACAGGCAAGAAGCUGAUGUUGCUAGGCAACAAGGGCAUUCGGUCCUACAAAUCCAGCAUCCCUUCCAUGUCUCUGUUUGGACUUAUCAAUCUGCAUAACUUCAUGACUUUGACUGACAGACUAGCUUCAAGCAUUCCCCUGGACAGCCCAAUGACGCGGCACAACGCUGCUGCGCUUGAUGGGACAACUAUGCACACUCUCCUGUGGGACACAGUGACAAUGCAGGAGGUUUGGGAUGCCGUAAAAGUAUCUGCAGCUAUUAUCAAUGGUGCCUCACCACGUAUGAUGUCAGUCAUGUACUUUAUGCAUUACGUUAGCAGUGCUGGGGGCAUAAAGAAUCUGAUAGAAGCAGAAGGUGACUCCAACAACAGCUUCAGGAUAAAAGUAUUGCAUGCUUAUCUGUCUUUCCCUUCAGGCCCCCCACCUCCUCUGUACCCCUACUUCCCACCCUCCUAGCUCCAAUCCUAUAUUAUGCAACACUGCACUCCCUGCCCUACACCCUACCUGGCAUCCCCCCUUACAGGCCCCACUUGCUGCCCCAUCCCCCUAUACAUAUCCACACUGUACUCCCUCAGACUGUCCCUACACCUUACAUUAUACCUUGCACCCCUCCAGCACAACCCCACUUCCCAUCAGCAGGGCCCCACCUCUAUCCACACUGCACCAGUCCCAACACCCAACCUCACACUCCUCCACCACAAUCCCACUUCCCACCAUCCAGGCCCCUGUGACCCCUAUCCACACUGCACCCGUCCCAACACCCAACCUCACACUCCUCCACCACAAUCCCACUUCCCACCACCCAGGCCCCUGUGACCCCUAUCGACACUGCACUCCCUGCCCUGUCAAAUACCUGACCCCGCACUCCUCUACCAUGACAGCUAGAUGGACUGUCCUCACUUCUCCAGUCCUCAUCCCUUUCUGCCCUGCACUGCCUUCCCUGCAUACUACCUCGUACCUCUCCUCCCAUUCUAAUGUCCACAUCACUCCUUGGGGGAUAUCAUCAGUUGCCUACUUCGCAGCCUCCUCCUACUCCCACAUAUUCCCCACUGUUCUUCAAUCUUCACUCCUUCAAGGCAACCCACCUUGACUCUUCACUAUCCCCCUGCCCGCUGCAAUCCGCCCCCCCCCCACCUGCAACCAUGCCCUGAAAUUCAAUUCUUGCUUCAGAAUUGAAUGAUUGUAUUCUUCUCCUUUAGACAUCAAAAACCUCCGUAGUUUUAGUGCUUUCAACUAAGUGAGAAAAAUUAAUGAAACAGACUUUGAAAU